AUGAAGGUGUGGUUAGAAGUCCUGUUCAACCAGUCAAACAUUGAAGCUCAAAUCAGACGAAGUGGCGCCAACCGAGAGGCAUACUUUCGUGUCGGACAAGGAGAACCCUCAGAUUCCCUCCUGAUAGUGGGGCACAAUCUGACUCGUGAUCCAACUCUUCUGCCACGAGAACUUGUACAUGAACUGUCCAUCCCAGCGAAGUCCUCCUCCGUUCCAGCGUCGGCUGUUCCGGAUGGCGGACGAAGCGUCGAUCCGGUCUGCCCCCUCCUGGAUGGGCCUGAUUUGGCCGGACGUCAAGACAAACGGUGCCCACAUUCAAAGGCUUGCCUGCGUCUGGCGGCGUUGGCAAUAGUGCAUAAACUGUGGUAUCCACCGUCGUACUGGCUUGGACACGACCGAUUCCACUUGCAGAAGAACUGCGGGGCCAGUAAAGGUAAACACAGACUGGCCAGUGCAUGCAGACAGGUUGUCAAAUGCCAGACGGACAGACAGACAGACGAGUGGAUGGGCGAAUCGUGCACGCAUGUGGCCGAAAGACUCACCUGUGCCCAUGUCAUGUAUCCUGCCGGGAGGGCGGAAUGUACCCUCUUUCGGGUACAAACCGGCACGGUCAGUCGGUUAUGGACAAUGGACGAGGCCAAGUCAUCCAUGACUUGGGUCAUGCCGUCCGAAGGAGCACAUGAACUGCACUUUGUCAGACAGGGGGUUGGAGGGCAUAGAGACGAGCAGAGAAUUCCUCCGUCUGGCCUUCGUGUAAACUUGCAUGUCCAACCCGUCCCCAUACUUCCGCACCCCACGCACACCCUCGAGAACAUGCGCCAAAUGACUCCUCAACGGUCCACAUGCGCAUGCAUUCUCGUGCAAAUUGGUCCAAGCACGCAAUCACAGAAGAACACACCCACAAAAAUAUUAAUUGCCGCCUGGUUGCUUGCAUGGACAGUCGAGUCCCGCGUCAACAUUUUGGCUCUCUGUGAGUCUUCUGUCGUUUUCGCUAUUACAAAGUCUUGCUCCUCCGUAGAGAUUGUUUGCCCAUGUCACUUCUGA